AUGGCUACCGUUUUUGAUAGCCCUUUCAUCCGACAACGUCUACAUCGUUUGCGGCAUCGUGAUUUUGACUUAGACGAAGAUCAAAGAUUUGGCCGAUGUGAUUGUACAAGUUAUUCCUAUUUCGUGCUGUCGAUGGUUCUAUUUUCUGUUGGUACUGUUAUUACAGUACUAGCCUUAGGAGACACAGAUGGCUAUAUAUUAAGCAACUUAGGACACAUGUGGCUGGUUGGACCUAUAUUUAUUUGUUCUGGAAUGAUGGUUGCUGUUAAAAGUAUGUUGUAUUUACGUAGGAAGAGUGUUAUACAAAUGCUGCUCCACCAGCGUGCAAUUAUAAGGGAUAUGGCAGCUGUACAAGCAGAACAGGCAUUUGGUGGUCAGGUACCUAGAACUGCUUCUAGUGCAACUUUGCCUCCAUCCUAUGAUGCUUUAAUAACAAAUGCUGCAUCAAGUAAGCCCCAAGCAUCUAGUUCUGAACCACCCCCACCCACAUAUGACGAAGCUAUGUACCUUAUUGGUGAUGAAAAAUUUAGAAUGGAAAUUAAGAUAGAUAACAGUGCAAAACAAGAGACCAGUAACCAAACCUCAAGUUCCAAUUCUGAAAACAUCAAACCAUAA